GAAAAGUAGUUCGAGUAACUUGAUUUAAAUGCUUGCCUAAACAUUUUUCUCAGUGUUUGUAAUACCUAAUGAAUUAAGCAGACAAAGUAUCUGUUUAGGUUUGAUGUAAGCAACAUAGACGAUACUGCAUGGAAACAAGCGUCUGCUCGCAGAUCACGUUGAAUGUCGUUUUCGGCCCGCAUAUUUUUCUUGACGAUCAGCUUUUGUAUCUAAACAAUAAUUCAGUCGAAGAUGUCAACGGAUGUAAAGACCCUUAUGGAGAUGGGGUUUCCAGAAAACCAGGCGGCCCGAGCUCUGGCGAAAACAAAUUACAAAGGUGUCCAAGCUGCUAUGGAUUGGAUAUUUGCUCAUGCAGAUGAUCCAGAUAUAAAUGAUCCCUAUGAGGUGCCUAAAGGGAAUGUAUUGGGGUCAUCAGAUCAGAGUGAAGGGGCCACUAACCCAGAAAGCACAAAAGACAAAUCUGCUGAGGGAACAGAAGCUGGAGAUGGUCAGUCUCAGCAACCCAAGUCUCUCAAGUGUGAUGAGUGUGGUAAAUUACUGAAGAGUGAUGUGGAUGCCCAAGCCCAUGCUGCCAGAACUCAGCACACUAGUUUUUCUGAGUCUACAGAGGAGAUCAAACCAUUAACAGAGGAAGAAAAACGUGAACAGUCUAUAAGACUGCAGGAGAAACUUAAACAACGGAGAUUAGAGAAGGAGGAGCAAGUGAAAAAAGAACAGAUAGCCCGGGAGAAAAUGAGACGAUCAACAGGCAAAGAGUUAGUGACAGCUAAGCAAAAGAUGGAAGAAGAUGAAAUCAAGAGGAUUGCAGAACAAAGAAGAAAGGAAAAAAUGGAGGAAAAAAUUGCCAGACAAAAAAUAAAGGAUGAGAUUGAAAAGGACAAACGUGAAAGAGCAGCCAGGGCUAAGAAGUCAAGCACUGAGGCCACAGACCAAGCCCCUGUGGCAACUUCCUCCCCACCACAGAAAGUCCCAGCCAAGGACUACAGCCAAUGUAGAUUACAGAUCCGACUUACAAAUGGCCAGGCUCUCACACAGACUUUCUCCUCUAAAGAACCCCUAGCUGCUGUUCGUUUGUACAUAGAGAUGAACAGAACAGAUGGCUCAGGCCCUUUUAAUCUGAUGACAAACUUCCCCAAGAAGGUUUUCUCAGUUGAUGAUAUGGAGAAGCCACUGUCAGAACUUGGAUUGGUGCCAUCUGCAGUGAUUAUAUUAACCAAAGCGUAGAUAUAUAUAAUGAACUCUAACGAAUGUCAUGAAAUUCAAUUAUCACCUGGGUUUUGUUAAAUGUCUUAAUAUCAUAAAUAUGCUGAUGGAUGCAAAAGACAUGUUGAGAGUGGCUACACUUGAAAAAAAAUUAGUAUAUCUUGACAGGCAAACUCAUUAUCUCUAUUAUGUUUUUACCAGUGAUCUGAUAAGGAGUCUAACUCCCAAGGAUAUGCCAUUUAUACUGUCACAGUGAAAAUAUAAAGUUUGAUGUUACAUUUUGUUUUGUUACAUUUUUAACCGUAUGACCUUAUUUGAUUAGAUGUUCUAUGAUGGUACUUCCUGAUUGAGGCUAUAUAAAGCCCUUGACACAAUGGCACAAUCAAUGAAAUAUUCUGUACUUCUUAAGCACGCCAUUCAAAAAAGUCUUAACAAAAUGAAAAUGUAUUCCUUAUAUUUAUAUUCCUUAAACAUUUCAGUUAUGCAACCAUUUUGGAAGUAUGUUCAUUGCAUGGAAGUGUAAACCUAAUGUUAUCAGCAAUGUCCAUAGUGUAUUAAAAUGAUGCUGUGUCUUCAAUGAAUUGGGGGGGAGUGGCUCGUCCUUUCAUUGCUAGGCCACACCAGGCGCAAGUCAGCCUUGGACAGGGAAUUUGUGGAUUCUUACUGUGCAUGGGACCUUUGGUAAGAAUGCAGCUGACGAUGCUCAUGCCACCAGUUUGCAGUCAUACAUUUUGCAGCCUAAUCGUCUUUUCACACCACUUGUCUUCCACCAAUAUGGUGUGCAUUUAUAUGGAAAAGUUCAAGCAACUUGCCAAAAAUCAGUGGAUUACCCUAAUUCCUCAAACUUUCUGCAUGCGAGAGCCAAAUUUCAGCGCAAAUGACAUGUAUUCCACAUUUUUAAUUUGAUUUUGGACACAUUACAUUGGUCGCAUUGGCCAAUUUCUGGGGAUCACAAAAAGUAUAAGUUUUUCAUUCCGCACAGAAUAAUGCCUUCAGAAUAUGGUGUGGAGAAAGGCCGAUUAACUGUAAAUUCCUGGAUAAGAAAGUACAAGGCGCAAAGCGCCGAGGAUUGUGUUGUCCAGGAAUGUACAGUUAUGAGGUCUUUCUCUGACUUAAACGUUUGUAUUAGUGUUACAUAAUAAACGAUUUCUGUGUUUGAAGGUGGGAGGGAGUGGGAAUGAGUGGGAAUAACAAGUGCACAGAUAGCACAGGGCUAUGUUUUCGUUCUGAUACUUUAUAUAUGGCAACAUGGCCAAAGUAUGCUUGAUUAGACAAUUCAGACCUGCCAGAGAAAUUUAGGAAAGUAUGGCUGCUGUACUUUCCAGACGAGAAAGUACGAAAGUAGUAAGAAAGAAACGGUUUUCUGAAUAGAGUCACGUCACAACAAGCAUUUAAGCUUGAAUAAAUAUCUUGCAAACAUGCAAAAAGGCUGAAGAAUUAGUGCCACAGUUUCUGCCACCCUGGAAGCUGACUGGCAGUGCAUAAGUGAAAAAUUCUUCAGUAAAGUUUUCAACAACAAUCAAAUACAGAAAUAAAUCAAUGAAUUAACAAAUUUAAAUUUUAUUUUCAGACUACUAGUUUAGUACCCUAUUUCCCAACAUGAUAAAAAGCCACAGGAUGUUUCAAUGGCCAAUGUUUACUUUCUUUAUGGCGUAUUGAAGAUCAGACAUAGAAAAGGAGAUGGAGGUACAACACCAGCAGUUUGUACCUACUUGUUACCUUAUGUUUAAAUCUUACCAUCAGUAUAAACCUAUGAACUGCCUUUGUCCAUUUGCUGUACCGGUAUUGUAUAUAUUAGUAAUCAGUUUCAAAGAUUUCACUUCAUCUUUCUCUGAAAUAU